GCUUGUUAACCUCAUCACUCACUAACCAUGAUUGUGGUAUAUUGCUUAAAUUUGCACCUAGACAUAGCAGCCUUCCUGUGAUCGCAUAGAACUUCUUGCCGCCCAGCGAUCAUUGCGGUGUUCUAUGCAUUUUAUUAACCAUUGGUGUUUUAUAAUUAAUACCCCGAUUGCUUCAGGCUUCUCCCCAUUCCAUUUCUGCAAUAGUAUGUUCAUGUCGGCUUGGGUCAUGUUGCUACAAUCAAGUCUCUGUGCCGCGAUUUACUCAAGCCUCCGGCGCGGGGUUGGUCAUGUUCAUUUAGGGCACAUACCUGCCUUUGCUUUCAACCCAGAAUCAAGAAUAUGUAUUAUCUUGCUAGUAAAUUGUCUGCAUCGUGCCUAGAUUCAAUUUAUCUACAAACCACGGCCCAUAUCUAGUAUAAAAACCAUAGACCAUUGUGUAAUUCUGACAGAUCAAGCAAAAUGUAUUAUUUUG